CUCGCAACGAGUCUCGAGGACGACAAGCCAUGAGCGAAGAUCGAAGCGAAGAGGAUCCUAUAAUGGAUCUUUGGUACAGCAACUGGGAGCAACAGUGCGUCGAAGCAUUGGAAUCGGAGCCGGAUUACGAAACGCAACUGCACAACGAAAAGGAACUCUAUUCCCAGCAGAUGUGGUCGAGCUUUCAAACGACGGCGUCGGCCAUCGCCCAGCUGUACAAAGAUCGUACGCAGGGUGUCUCUCUAUGGCUACCCUUCCAGACUGCCGCGGGUACCGUCACGUCGUUGUACAAAGAUUCAAUGGAUAACAUACGUCGAUGCAGUGACUUAAGCGUGGAAAUGGGUAGACAAAAGCGUAGUAAAGAAAUAAUGAACUGGGCUAGGAAAAAAAGGCGUAUGAUUCGAAGGGAAGAUCUUUUAGCAUAUCUUGCUGGAAAACCACCACCACCUAGACCACAUUCGCAUAGGAGUUCCCCUAAACCAAGGAUGAUGGUAUGUGGUUCACCUCCAUCUGAAAGUUCCACACCAAAUAUGGUUGUUGCACCAACACCAUUAUCUACCACUGAUCCUGAUCCUGAAUUACACACAUUUAGAGAAGCGAUUGCAUUGUCCGGUUCACCGAUGUCCCGGCGUACUGGAAGACAAGCCGAAUUGUCGGCUUUUAUUACUAGCGAAUUUGCUCGACAUCACAAACGGCCUGCUUCGCAUGACGUGGAUAUGGGAUCUCCCACGCACAAACGUUCGCGUUUCAUGUAACGGCGCGCGAUGUGUAAAGUAGCCUUACUCCCUUGCUCCCCAUUAAUUAAUCGAUUGAUAAAUUAAUUAUUAACGGUUCAACUCCCCUAUAUAAUUCUCGGUUAAACAUAAUCACUUCAGAAAGAAGGCAGUCGUUUGCAUUGCCAUAGAAAACACGUUCGUAUAUUUCGAAUAUUUUAUACUGUCCGUCAAGUUUACCUGUUAUUAUUUUUCAAGUUUCACAGUAGUGCUGAUUCUGACACGUAAAAUAAUAAGAGGAUUAUGAAAAAUACUUGUGCUAUUGAAAUUACUGUAUUAUUAUUCGAAUGAAAAAAAAAAAUGAAAAAAGUUGCAACUUGAUGAUAUUUAAAGUUACGAUGUAUAACAGUCUCCAUUAUGUGUACUAGGAUUUAUUUUAAAAUUAUUUAUUUAUUUAUGAGCAUUGAGAUAAUACAAACGUGUUUCAAGAUACCAUUCAAAGUGCCCAUACAGAGUGAAUGUCAUUGUUUUAUGUGCAGAAAUGUGUACGUGAUUAUCAGUUAACUGAUCUACAAACCAAGAGUAUGAACCUUGCCAAAUAUACUAUGAAAUAUUAAAAGCUGCAACUAACGUGCUUUACACAUAAUUGAUGUGUAUGUUAAAAAUUAGCAGCUAAAUACUUCGUGAUAUUAUCCAGUCACUUUAUAGUGUACUGUACUAUAUUCAAGUGAGAUGUUUGACAAGUGAUGAAUUGGUGAUUUAAUAUUUUAUAAUUAUAUUACUGUCUACGAUU